GUCCGGCCCUGAGGCUCGCGGAGAACGCGAUGGCGGCGGCGGCGGUGGCCGUGGCGGCGGCGGCGCGGCCCGGCUCCUCGUCGUCCUCCUCCCCCGGCGACGGUGGGGGCGGCUCCUCCUCGUCCCCCGGCGCCGCCUCCCCCUCGCCGGCCGCCACCUGCUCGCCGCCCUGCGCGGUGGCGCCGGGGCCGAUGCUGGCGCUGGAGGCCUUGGCGGGGCUGCUGCUGCCUCGUCGGGGGCCCUCCGGGGGCGACGGCAGCCACGCGGGGGGCGCCGAUGCCCCGCCGCCGCCGCCGCCGCCGCCCCCCGGGCUGGCCGGGCUGGUCCGUUGCGUGCGGGACUGCGGGGGCGGCGGCGGGCACGCGCAGCCGUCGCCGUCGCUGAGCAGCCUGGUCGUUCUCAGCAGCGCCCGGAUGGCCUCCAUGAAGACGCGGUUCGAGGGCCUCUGCCUCCUUUCGCUGCUGGUCACGGAGAGCAGCACGGAGACCUUCUCGCAGAACUGCCUGGGCUGGCUGCGAAGCCUUCAGCACCUCCUCCAGUCUCAGGAUCCGCCUGCCACCAUGGAGUUGGCCGUCCUCGUUCUCCAGGACCUCUUGCGAUAUUCCUCCCAGCUGCCUGAGCUGGCCCGAGACAUCGGCACGAAUCACAUUCCUGGACUUCUCACCUCUUUGCUGGCUCUCAAACCAGAGUGCCAGCUCUCUAUCCUGGAAGGAAGCAAAGCGUGCAUGACGUUUUAUCCCCGGGCCUGUGGCUCCUUGCGCGGCAAAUUGGCCACCUAUUUCCUGUCUUGCGUGGAUGCGGAAGCGCCUCACCUGCAGCAGCUGGCCUGCGAGUGCUGCGCGCUCCUGCCUUCCUUGGGUGCGGGGUUCGCCCAGGGACUCAAGUACCGGGAGUCCUGGGAGCAGCAAGUUCAUUCCCUCCUGGCCACACUGCACCGCUUCCUAGGUGUGCUGUACGAGGGAGCAGAGACAGAACCUCUGCACUACGACGGGCCUGGGCUGGAGAUGCUGCUGCCGCCGCCACAGGAUGAAGAGGCGAAUUUCCUCCUCCUCAUGAAAUACCGGUUUGCGGGCUUGGCCAAAUGCCUCUGCAGGAUGCUGAGCAACAAUUUUGGGGCUCCUGUCGCUGUUCCCGCCCAGGCCAUCCUGGACCUUGUUUGCCGAGUCCUCGAUGUCUCUGUGAAGAACAUCAGCUGGUUUGGGGAUGGGCCCCUCCGGCUGCUGCUGCUCCCCUCGAUCCACCUGGAGGCCCUGGAUCUCUUGGCUGCUCUCAUCUUGGCUUGCGGCCCUCGCUUGGUGAGGUUUGGGGGAGCCCUCUGCCGCCUCUUUCCCCAGGUGCUGAACACGUGGCGUGCCGGCCAGGAUCUCCGUUCACCUGGACUGGAGCGGCCUUACAGUGCAGUUCGGGCUCGGCUGUACCAGGUCCUGGAUCUCUGGGUGCAAGUGACUGGAGCAGCCUCUGGGGUCCUGCUGGGGCACAGCAGCCAAAGCGAGGCUCUGUUGGGACACUUGAUCCAUGACAUCAGCCCCCCGAGCGAUGCCCUUAAGAUCCAGCCGAGCGCCGACUCUGAGGGGAAGCCCAGCGCCGCCAAGAAGCCCAAGCUGUCUGCCGUGGGUGGCCUCGUGUCCCUGCUCCACAAGCAUGACCCCCAGGCCAACAGUGACGUGUGCCUCGCGGCCUUGCAAAGUCUGAGCCGUGCCGUCCUCCUGUCUGGCAGCCUUAUGAAGGAGCAGGUCCACGUGAAGUUGCAAGAGCUGGCGAUCCCGCUGCUGAUCCAGCUGGGCCAGGCCGAGCUGCCCCCAGGGUCCCCGUACGCCAGUGCCAGCUGCCGUCGCGAGCUCUACCGACUCCUGCUGGCCUUGAGCCUGGCUCCCACCCCUUCCUGUCCCCCUCCUCUACACUGUGCUCUCCGGCUGCUGAGCCAAGGGCGCACGGAUCCCAACCUCCUGGUCUCCUCUUUCUGCAUGGAGGCGGCCAUCAUCUGCAAUUCCCUCCUCCACCCUCGGGUGCCAUCCUUGCAGCUCCACCUGGCCGGCCCAUCUGUCCACUUGCCCGGCUCCUCAGAGGUCUCCCCUGCUGUGGCCGUUGCCGCCGCCGCCACGUCCCCCUUCUGCCCAGCCCUCCCGCCGCCCUUCCCGGCUGCCCGGCCCCCGGCCCCUGGCCCUCUCCCGGCCAACUCGCUGGGCCUACCCCUGUCAGGCCUCCCGACUGCCCAGCUCCCCCCUCGCCUGCUCCCCGAGGAGCCUGCCCCCCCUCUGUCUCCUGGCAUGGCUGAGGCAGCGGCCCUGGCCGCGGGGGCCAAGUUGCGGCGCUCUGUCUUCAUCCAUUACGACAAGGAGGAGGAGGAGGAUGUGGAGAUCUCCCUGGAGAGUGACUCGGACGACAGCGUGGUCAUUGUGCCCAAGGGGCAGCUGGGGAAGACGCCUAGCGCCCCCUGCUCCGGUGCAGCCCCUGUGGCUGCCCCAGUUGCCGCGCCCCCACCCGCCCCGCCUGCCACUGCCACCCCUCUCCCUGCAUCCCCCUCGGCCUGCGAGGAGGCCCCCCUGGAGCCCCCUGCGCCCCUUCCCCUGGGGGCCCCACCGCCUCCCUUGGCAGCGGCGGUGCUCCCACCUUCCCCGGUUGCAGUAGCUGGUGAGGCCCCUGUCCCUGCUCUGCUGGAGGAGGACCCCACUGUCAUCAACAUCAACAGCAGUGAGGAGGAGGAGGAAGAGGAGGAGGAGGAGGACUUCCCCGAGGAUGAGGAGUACCUGGAAGAGGAGGAGGAAGAGGAGGAGGAAGAUUUUGAUGAAGAGGAGGGGGAGUUCGAGGAGGAGAUGGACGACGAGGAGGAAGAGGAUGAUUUUGAUGAGGAGGGCCUGACGGAGGAGGAGGAGGAGGAGGAGGAAGAGGAGGAAGGCCUGACGGAGGAGGAGGAGGAGGAGGAAGAGGGGCUGCGUCCUCCUCUGCCCUGUAGGAAUGAGGACGAGCCUCCAGCGCUCCUGCCUGUGAAAGACGGGCCACCCAGCCUGGAGGAGGAGGAGGAGGAGGAGGGGGCUGGGCUGCUGAUGGAGGUUGAUGAGGAGGCCUUCCAUCCCCCUGAGGAGGAGGAAGAGGAGGGAGACAGGACCGUGGGGGCCCUGCUGCUGCUGAAGGCAGAGGACGUGGCCUUGCCUCUGGUCCCUGGGGCCCAGCCCCUUACUCUGCCCGCCCUGCAGGAAGCGCCCUCCCCGCUGGCGGCUCCCACGGACCAGGAGGGAUGCUCCGAGGAGAAGGAGGGUGCAGUGGAGGCAACCUGUGCAGCUUCUCUGCAGCAGGAGGUGGCCGUCCACGCAGGCUGCAGCGGGGAGUGUGCAGAGGCUGGCCCAGAGCCCAGUGCCAGGCCAGGGGAGUCAGAGGAGCAACUGCUGCAGCCGGACGAAGAGGUGGUGGAAGUGAAGGAGGAAGAGGGCAGACCGGUGGAUGAGGCGGAAGCCAUGUUGGCAGACUUUGUGGACUGCCCCCCGGAUGAGGAGAAAGCCCCCUCCCAGGCCUGCUCCUGAGGGAGGGUCUGCUCUGAACGGCCUUUGGAGCACAUUGCCUUGCAUCGGGUGCACGCUUUUCUUUUCCCUUUUUAUGCUGAAGUUCAAUAAAGUUUCUCCCUGGCGCGUA